UCAUCAAACACUCGGCGCAAAUGAACAUCAUGUCCCAUAAUGCACUUCCGGUGACAAAGUUAAAGUCCUGCAACACACGUGAUGUUUCGCUCCAGCUCAGUUUCCUGGAUGCUGAUGCAUAAACAGGAGUGAAAACAUUUGAGGUUGUUUAAAAGAUUUAGUCUACAUUUCAGUGGCUAUUAAAGAUGACUAAGAUACGCAUCUUUGGGUUAAUGGUGUGCCUGUGUGUCGGUGCAUUUGGAGGAAAAUAUUCACGUGAAAUGAAUGAACACGAGACUGUUGAAGGAAAGAAUACGGUGGAAUUUAGAAUAGCAAAACUGAAUCAGGUCUGGGAGAAAGCGAUAAGGAUGCAGAUGUCGCCCGUCCGUCAAGCGGAGCUGCACAGUGAUCUGAAGAUCCAAGAGAAGGACGAACUUCAGUGGAAGAAGCUGAAAGCUGAAGGAAUGGAUGAGAAUGGAGAGAGGGAGGCAAAGAUACGGCGAAAUUUCAACGUAAUUCUUGCGAAAUAUGGCAUGGAUGGCAAAAAAGACACAAGGACGAUGGACAACAACUUGAAGGACCAUGAUGUGAGAGAAGGGGAUAUAUUUGAUGACCCAAGGCUGGACAAACUGUGGAACAAAGCAAAAUCAUCUGGAAAGUUCUCAGAAGAUGAGCUGCAGAGUUUGCACAGAGAAUUCCAGCAUCACAAGGACAAGAUUCAUGAGUACAAUAUUCUAAUGGAUACUGUCACCAGGACUGAAGAAAUCCAUAAGAAUGUGAUCUCGCCCCUGGAGGGCGACGUGAAGGAGCACGUGGUCCAUCAGAAGCACACCGAGCUGAAGCAGAAGAUGAAGGACCUGAAUCAUGGCUUCGAGCGCCUGCGCAAGAUCAGUCAUGAAGGCUUCAGUGACGAUAGCGAGUUCCGUGAACCCAGAGUGAUAGAACUGUGGGACAUGGCAAGAAGAGCCAAUCUCAGCGAGGAUGAGCUCGACUCAUUGAAGGAGGAGCUGAGGCACUUUGAGACGAAGGUGGAGAAGCACCAGCACUACCAGGAGCAGCUGGAGCUCUCCCACCAGAAGCUCAAGCACGUGGAGACGCUGGGAGAUAAGGAGCACAUCAUGCGCAACAAGGAGAAGUACAACUCCCUCUCCGAGAAGACACGCGAGAUGGGCUACAAGAUGAAGAAGCACAUGCAGGAUUUAACCAAUAAGAUCUCCCGUGAUGGUCUCCCCCACAAUGAACUCUGAGCUCCAGCUUGUGUUCCAUUUCCAUGUGAACUGACUUUCAUUGGUACUCUUACAUGAAAUUGUUUGUUUUUUUUGUUGCCUUUGUGUAAAUAUGUCAUUUGAAAUGUAAAGAUUUUCCACUUUUAUAGAGAAAUGAUUCCGUGCAAAUGUUUUAGUUACCAUUCCAUAAUUUCCAUUGCUAUGCUACUGUUUCUGGUCAGAUCAUGAAGGUCUGAGUGAUAUGCUUCACCUAAAAGGUCUCUUCAUCUCGUAACUGUUCAUGGAUAGAAGCACAUUUUAUGUUUCAUGAACAUGUAAGUGGUAGUGAAGGCUUGUACAAAUUCUGUAAAAAUGUCAUUGUUAUUGUACAGUACAUUGCACUGUGGGUCUAAUGUUCAUCCCUGCCUAAAAUUUUCACUGUUUUUAAGACUCAUUCCUUCUGGCACUUUUAAGUCUAGAGUAUGAUAGAUUUUUGUCUUCACUGUCCAAGUCCUUCCAUGAAAUGUGCACUACAGUCCGUUCAAUAAACCCAACCCAAUCACA